GGAAUUCUACUUUGAAAUCAGAGCAGAGGAAAGGUGGACUUAGGUGGUCAAAGUCCCAAACGGCAAGCCUUUAGCAUCACUAGUGUUGAUGCGCUGUAGUUUGUUUUGUUUGCAGAGUUUUACAGACGUUAAACCAUGAAGAGAAGGGUCGUGAAACCGAGCCCGUCCUCCGAAACGAGCGACUUCCGGAAGGCAUCUAGCAGCAGGAAGGCACCGUCCCACAGAUGGAUCAAAAGAGGCUUCCUGGCUGCUGUUCUCUGCGUUUUGGUGCCCGUCACAUUUAAAGUGCUCCCAGACUUAAUUCAGCACUUUAUUUACACUUACAGACUCAGCGUGCCGUUCUUCAUAGACUUAAACCGACCUGCCGACUUCGGUCUUAAUCACACCAUCAACAUGUAUUUAACUUCAGAGGAGGGGAUUUCUCUGGGCGUGUGGCACACGGUUCCCGAAAGUCGAUGGAAAGAAGCACAAGGGAAGGACCUGGAGUGGUACCAGAACACCUUAAGCGAUGGAAGUCCUGUUUUUAUUUACCUCCACGGUAACACGGGAGCAAGAGGAGCUCCACAUCGAGUGGGCGUGGCCAAGUUGCUGAGUGCACUCGGAUACCACGUGCUGGUGCCCGACUACAGAGGGUUCGGAGACUCCACGGGAGAGCCGACUGAAGCCGGUCUGACUGCGGAUGCUCUGUGUGUGUUCAACUGGGUCAAAGCACGCAGCCGAGACAGCCUGGUGGUGAUCUGGGGACACUCUCUAGGAACCGGGGUGGCCUCGAACACGGCAGUCAAACUGCUGGAGGAAGGUGUGGUUUUUGAUGGUGUGAUUCUGGAAGGGGCCUUCAACACCAAACGACAGGAAUUAACUUUUCAUCCCUUUACUUGGGUAACCCAAACU